ACACGCUCUAAAUAACUUUUUUUUUCCGCCAAAGAUUUGAUAUUAUAAGAUGAUUGGGCCAAGCCCAUACAAGGCCGAAGCCCGAUUACAAAGAAAACAAACGCAAGCCCAACCCCAGGGGCAAAAUAAAAACUUAAACAGGCCCUCGGCCCAACCUUAGAAACCGCCCGGCCAGCUGGCUAGCGCAUCAAGGAGGCGGCUCGACAAGUGGAGUGAUCUGCUCCAUUGACGCGUCACACGUCGUCACCGCCUCGACUUGAUCACCUCCGCCUUUACGCCACCGGAACAAACACCCUCGAGCACCUUGUUCGUCGGAGCUCGAAACCAGACAAGCCUCCAAACAAACGCAAAGCCAUUCUUCACCGCCGUGUCAUCCCGCCGGAGAGAUCAAUCGAACCUCGAGAUCUCCUCCGCCUUUAGCAUACUUCAAACCCAAGACACGCGACUCAAGAAGCCAUCUCUUCCUUUCCUUGAGAAUCAUCACCUCGCCGGAGAACCUUGUCUUCAACCAAGAUCUCAUCCGCAGUGACCCCACCCAAGACUUACCGACAACUGCGCCGACCAUGAAACAAAACUAAACUAGAAAACUUUUCCCAAAGAACCGCGGGAUCCUAAGUGGAAGCGCGGAGCUGUGCUAGCCUCCGCUCUCCAAAACUAAAGCCGGCGAAGGCAAAUCUAAAGAAGACUCUCUUCCCGGGAACUAGAGCCGGCGGCGGUGGAUCUACGAAAGCCUCCACCUCCCGGAAAACACCACCACUGAACAUGCAUGCCACUUCCUCCACCAGGACCCUCCCGACGAGAGCGUCGUUACUCCAAGACCGAAACCACCGUAAGCGGUGAGGUCGAAUCCAGAGCUCGGACAAGGCAGUCGUUGACAGGUUGGCGAAGAAGAGCGAAGGGGAACACUACGAAGGACAAACAGAGGCUCCGGCGCCGGCACGGACGCUCACGCGCCGGCCGCGCGCCGAACCCCAAACAAGAUCUCUCUUUUCUCUCUUUUCUCUCUCUUGACCUAAAGUUCAAAGUUUUCCUUCACGCUCUAAAUAACUUAUCUUUUCUUUUUCUGAUAAAAUAAAUAUUAUAGAUACGUAUAGAUCUUUUGUCCGAUGGUCCGAAGAAAAAACCUUUUCAUAUGUGUCCAAGGGAGAAGAAUUGAUGGCUAUUUUGGUAAAUAACAAGGAACUGUCAAUCAGUUCUACAGUAGAGAUAGAAAAUAUAUUUAUAUUUUGCAAAUAUUUGUCCAUCUUUUUCAAACUUUUGGCUGCCUUUAUCCAGACCUAAAUGCCCAACUCCUUUUCUGGCUUUUCUCUAGCGACAGAAAAUUAUUUCUUUGAGAAAAAGAAUAAAAGAGAAGAAGACUAUAUACUUUACGAUAGCUCUCUCUAGCAUAGCAAGUGAUGAGAGUAUUUAGCUGAGUUCUUAUGUUGGAGUUUGGACUGUGUACAAGAUUAUUUCAAACUUCUCACAAACUGUUCAAACAGGUAUUGGUAUAUAGCGGAAACAAUGAUAAAAGCUCAACCGGAGAAUUCAAACGUACAUCAUGCAGGGACCGCUUGUUAUUGUCAAUGAUUUUAAAAGAAAUCAGAACCCUAAACAUAACCUAAUAUAUAUAGGAUAACUAUUUGUUUAUUUUUGUCAUCACUAUUAUACCUUAAAGAAGCAGACCAAAGUCUGAUACAAAAUCAGAAGAGCAAAAUUCCAUACAUAAAAAGUGUGUAUCUAUUUAUGAUCCAUAUUAUUAAUUAGCAAAUCAUAGUAUUUGAUAAGUUAUACGGAAACCAUAUUCACGAACUUCGUUUAGUAUUCUUCCCCAAAAGGCUAUUUAGUUCAUCCGACAUUAGUUUCGAAAUAUUACACUAAAGACACCAAACCCGGUAUAUGAAAUAGAGACAAAAGAAACAAUGGAUUGCAAUUUGUAAAGAUCAGAAAAGUAAAGUCUACUUAUCUCAACCAAUAUAAAAAUAAAUAAACUGCCCCGAGAAAAUUUUAAUUUUUCUUAUAAUAUAUAUUAUUAUAUUCUCAAAAAUAUAUAAUUAAUACAACAUGAUAUAAAUCUUCACAAAGUAACCUUAUUCCCAACCGCACAAACAAAAAGUUUAGCUCUCUAAAGAUCAAGAAUCAAGAAAAUUCCGUAGCUAGAACUUAAACAUCGAUAAUAUGGAUAUGUUUCCUCAAUUGAUGGAAGGCUCUUCGGCUUACUCAGAUGCCACAAACCUCAGCAUCAUCGCAAACAUCUCCUCCUCCUCCGUCACCGAAGCCACCGCAACACAACCUCCGUCAUCCUCCUCUCCAUCGGCAAACUCAAGCCGUUACGAGAACCAGAAGAGGAGAGACUGGAACACGUUCGGACAAUACUUAAGAAACCACCGUCCCCCGCUUUCCCUUUCCCGAUGCAGCGGAGCUCACGUGCUCGAGUUUCUCCGUUACUUGGACCAAUUCGGUAAGACAAAAGUCCACACGACUGUUUGUCACUUCUACGGCCAUCCUAAUCCUCCGGCACCGUGUCCUUGUCCUCUCCGACAAGCUUGGGGGAGUCUCGACGCUCUCAUCGGUCGUCUUCGAGCUGCUUUUGAAGAGAACGGAGGCAAGCCUGAGACUAAUCCAUUUGGAGCUCGUGCCGUUAGGCUCUAUCUAAGGGAAGUUAGAGAUAUGCAAAGCAAAGCUAGAGGUGUUAGCUACGAGAAGAAGAAGCGAAAGCGUCCGGUUCCUCAGUUGUCGGCCUCUUCUUCCUCCGCCGUAGCUAGCCACCAGCAGUUUCAAAUGUUACCGGAAAGAUUGUCUAUUGCACGCCGAAACAUAUGCAUGAAGAUGAAAUCGCUAAUAAUCGCGGAUGGAAGAUCAUUUUGUUUAUCAGCUGUAUAUGUAAUCAAAUCGCGGAUUGGAGAUCAAUUUGCUAUGUAGCAAUUUAGCAUGAUUUUGUUACUAGUGUAGGAUUAAUUAAAAAUCUGAUAAGAUAAUUCUACAGAUCAGUAGCAUAUCUCUAAGAAAUAGUAAUCUUAUAUUUGAUAAUGCUGCUAUAUACAUAAAAUAUAUCAACUGAUACGUUUUGCA